UCUUCUUUCUUUCUUUCUUCUUCUUCUUCUUCUUUUAUUUUUUCCUUCAGUUUUCUAUUUCUUCUUCGAUCCAAAUCUCUACUCUUACCUAGGUUCCUUUCAGAUAUGAUCUCUCCCCUCUCUCUCACUUGUUCUGUCCGAAGUCAGGAAAUCUGAUUCAAAACCGGGUGAAUGUGUGAGUGGGGCCCAUAGGUGAUGAUCACAUAUGCCAAUGUGCAGAUGGGGACUACAUUGAUAUCUUGUAUAGGAAAAUGUAUGAGUGAGGCUCACUUUAAUAUUUUGCAUAGGGAGCAAUGUACAACGGAAUCGGCUUGCAGACCCCAAGAGGGUCGGGAACGAAUGGGUACAUCCAAAGCAACAAGUUCUUCGUAAAGCCCAGGACUGGGAAGGUUGAAACUAAGGGAUUCGAGGCUGGUCAGGGUACUGCCGGUGUUAAGAAGCCGAACAGAGAGAUCCUCGAGCAUGACAGGAAAAGACAGAUACAGCUGAAGCUUGUGAUUCUAGAAGAUAAACUGAUCGACCAGGGAUACACCGAUGACGAGAUCACUGAGAAGCUUGAGGAGGCAAGGAAAGCAUUGGAGGUGGCUGCAGCUUCAGAGGACAACAAUAAUGCCGGAGGCAGCAUGAAGAUGGAGAAGAAGGUUUCAGACACACAAACUCACCAAAUUGCUGCGAGGAAAGAGAGACAGAUGGAGACAUUAAGAGCUGCACUUGGAAUAACUAGAGGUGAUGACACAUCUAAAGUUCAAGAACAAAAAGAGCCGGGUGAAAUAGUAGAAACAGAGUCUGAAAAGAGUGAUGAUGAAAAAGUGAAGGAAAGAAAAAAUGUUUACGUAAAGGAGGACCAGGGACAACCGAGGGAUAAAUAUAAGAGUUCAGAACAGGAUAGAGAUAGAAGGGAGACACAAACAGUGGAAGAUACCAAAGCUGUAAAGGAUGUUGCAAACGAGGGCAUGAAGAAGAGUGAGAGUGGGAGGGAUAAAUAUUAUGACUCAAGACGCCAAAAGAAAUAUGACAGAAAGAAAAACUGCAAUAAUGAUUAUUCUGAUUCAGAUAGCAGUGGAAAUGAGUCUGAUAGUAGUAGUAGGGAGAAGAGUCCAAAGAAGCUCUACAAAGGAAGAAAACAGGAUAGUGAUUCUGAUAGCAGUAGUGGGGAGAAGAGUCCAAAGAAGCACCACAAAGGAAGAAGCCAUGACAGUGAUUCUGAUAGCAGUAGUGGGGAGAAGAGUCCAAAGUUUCACAAAGGGAGAAGACAUGAUAGUUAUUCUGAUAGCAGUAGUGGGGAGAGGAGUCCAAAGAAUCGCAAGGGAAGAAGACGUGAUAGUGGUUCUGAUUCUGACAAUGGUGAUGUUGGACAAAGAAAUGCCAAAAAGGAAAUGGAAAAGCUUGUUAACACUCGUAGACGACAUGAUUCCGAUGAUGAAUCUAGUUCAGAAUCUUCAGAUAGCAAUUUACAGAACCACAAAAGCCGAACAGGGAACCAACAAUUGAAAACAAGAGGAAGGCAUGAUUCUGAUACUGAUAGCGAAACAGGAAGAAGAAAAAAUCAAAGAGAGAAACAGAGGAAUCACAGCCAUAGAAAUGAAGACAGUGACAGAGAUGACUUAAACACAAAAGAUAAUAGGAGGAACAUCAAAAUUGAUGAUAAGAAAUAUGGAAACAGCAGACAUGGGCACAGAGUGGAUGAUGAUUCUGAUCCUGAUAGGUCGAGAAAAUUUUCAAAGGCAAAGAUUGAGAAACGUCAUGGAAGUAAAAGGAAAGAUACUGAUGAAGAAGAUUCUGAUACCAGUGGGAGGAAUGCUAAAAAGCAUCUGGGAAGACACAGGGUAACCAAAAGAGGGGCAGAUUCCUCAACUGACAGUGGGAGCAUCAGUAGUGAUGGUUCUGACUACAGCAGCAGCAACAGUGAUUCAGGUAGUGGUAGUGAUCACAUCCCUGAGAGAGCUAGAAAGAAGUCCAUUGAAGACAAGACCAGGAGGGUUUAUGGGGAUGACCUGAUUAAGAAAGGUUACAGAAAUGCUCCAAGAGCUGCUGCAGAAGAAAGGGGAUUCAGGUCUAGAGCCAUUCAGCACAAUGAUGAAAGGAAAGAGAAGGGUGGUCAUUGUAGUGAUGAUGAUGGUCAUCAGGAGAGUGGAAGGGACCUGGUGGGGAAAUUGGAAAAAAGGAAACAGUAUGAGUCAAGCAGAGAUGAUAUUUUCGGGAGUCAUGACAUGAGAGGUAAAAGGAAAUUGGAAGAUGAGAACCAUGAUGACCAACCAGAAUUCAAGUCAAGAAACCGGAAUUUGGGAAAAAAGGCAGAAUCUCAGGAGCAGCUCAGAGAUGGUAAAGUUGAAUUUGAUAUGGAUAACAGAGCAUACAAGAGCAAGGAUGAUCAGAAGAGAGAAGAUUACUCCAGUCGCAAUAGAUCAGGGGAGAGAUGGUCAAAUGGAGGACGAUACAAUGAUGAACAUGGAGAUAGGGAUUACAGAAGGGAUGAAGAAGAACGUGGAAGCAGAAGGCUUGGAAAGGGUGAAGAGAAAGAACACAAUAACAUAAAGUGUGAGAGGGAUGAAGAAGAAAAGCAUGGGGGCAGAAGGCAUGAGAGGGGGGAGAAAGAAGAGCAUGGGGGAAGAAGGCAUGGGAGAGAUGACGAGGAGCAUGGGAGCAGAAGGCAUGAUAGAUAUGUGGAAGAGCGUGGGAGCAAAAGGCAUGAGGAGGAUGGAGAAAACAAGCAUGAAAGCAGAAAGCACAAAAGAGAUGAUGAACAAGAACAGAGUGGCAAAAGACAUGGAAGAGACUAUGAACAUGGACGUGGAAGGCAUGAGAUUUAUAGACAGAUAGAUGCCAAGAGGACCAGGUAUGAGGAUGAGUAUCAGUCAAGGGGGAAAAGUAAGUAUGAGAAUAGCAGUCUUGAUGAUGAUCGGUAUAGACGUCAAGGAUGAAAUGAAUUUCCAUUCAUGGAAUGGACUGCAAGUAUGGUGUUGAUUGGUUUUGGUUCUAGUGCAAUGGUAAUCGUGGAUGGUAAAGCUGGUGAUAACGAUUUAAGUGCAAUGGUAAAGCUGGUGAUAAAGCUGGUUCUAGUGCAAUGGUAAAGCUGGUUUUGGUUCUAGUGCAAUGGUAGUCGUUUCUGGUUCUAGUGCAAUGGUAAAGCUGGUGAUAACGAGUCUCUUCUUCAAGGGAUGGUAAAACCCUGGAUGCAAACUAGGUGAAGUCUGAUUGCACAAUGGAAAUCGUUUUUAUUUUGCCCUUUUUCUUUGAAUGCAGAAAACCUGUAAAAAAUGGUGUCGUAUAACUUGGAAAACCAGUUGAAGUGUGUUGUGUUUAAUGGCAAGUUUCAUCUUCAAGUUUAAGGGAUGCUUGUAACCGUCAAUUGCUCUUUUCCCCUUUAAAUUGGGAAAAUCUGUGAAAAUGCAUGUUUAAUUGGCGCUUUUAUAUC